UGUUUCCACAUUGACGCCCGUCUCUUCUAAGCCAUGGUCAACGUACGGCGCGUAGCGUCGCAGGUGCAUAAGCAGGCCGCGCGCUUGAUGAAGGCCGACAAUUACAUGAAAACCGAGCCUGCUUGGUAUGGUGCUGUACUGGACCACCCUCCACUCCCUUUACCUCCCCGGUCACCCCCUUCUCGUGACCGCUUCGACGCCGGACAACUGUCUCGGUCAUCGAAACAACACGCCCUCGGUACCUCUGAAGUGCGCCCGGUGCCUGUCAAAUACCUUGAGGACCAAGUUAGAAGACAGUUUUUCCGCGACCAUCCCUUCGAGGCUUUCCGAGAAACGACUUUGGUGGAAAACGGGGAGCUGGAGCCGGAACACCCUGUAUCAGGGAAAGAAUGGACAAGGCUACGACAGAGGGGCCGAAACCCGAAGCCUGAAGAUGCUGUCAAAUUUGCUGUCAGCAUACACCAGCACCAUAACGUCUCCUUGACCCAAGCAUAUGCGGCAGCGGUGGCUCAGUUCCGCGCUCUACGCGCUGAGCAGACAAUCGCGACCUCAGUCGCUGCUAUGGAAGCGGAGUCGUACGGCGCACGGUUCGGACACACGGAAACGGAACGCGGGUUCUUGCAAGAGGAAGAACACCUGAAAUCGUUCGAGAGUCGGGAGAGCAUCGAUAUGGGCAUUGCCAUCGCUAGGAAGCGCUGGAAGAUGGAGCAUGUGCCAGAGGGCGGAGAAGGUCAAUGGACCAGGGGUAAGGAUUAUCAGCGACUAUGGCAGGAAGGUGUUAGGCCCCGGUACACACCGCUAACGACGCCGAUCGACGCCGAAACCGGACAGAGUCCCGAUGCCGAAGCUGUCGCCGCUAGCGCAGACUUCAUGGAGCUUCAACGAACGGAUCCUAUUCUACAUCUGUCUCAUUAAUUAUAUUAUCGUGCAUGGCACAAUGCAGAUUAUGUCUCGU